UUGAGACCCGCGAUUACAAGAGCGACAUGACGAUUCAGAGAUUUGUGUUGGCAGUGGCCUACCUAUUAACAGGUGUGAUACUAGUUUCUGGAUCACCCGUGGGAGAAUGUCCACCAGUGGAUCCGCUGGACCACACUGACCAUCUACCGGACGACAAAAACUGUUCAGUGUUCUAUAAAUGCGAUCAUGCAGCUCCAGUGUUAUUUGUGUGUCCUGACGAACUUCAUUUCAAUAAAGUACUAGAGGUAUGUGACUGGCCAGAUGCAGCUGGCUGCACUGCGAAUACAGGCGCUAGUUCCACUGCAGCGCCAACUGCAGCUCCAACUGCUGGAUCCACGUCUGCAUCAACGUCAACUGAUAAACCGCAAACCGAUGCACCUAUCACGUCAUCAACAUCUAGCCCAGCGGAGGCAUGUCCAGCGGUCGGCACGUGUCCACAAUAUGAAGAUGAAAACUCGAUUGCUAAGCAUCUUCCACAUACUACAAACUGCAGUCAGUUCUGCAAAUGUGAUCAUGGUAAACCUGUCACUAUGGACUGCCCAGCUGGACUGCACUUCAAUGCUGUUCUGGAGGUCUGUGACUGGCCACAAAAUGCUGGAUGUUCUGGUGGCUCUGGAAGCACGUCAAAUCCUACUAGUUCCACACCUUCAUCAAGCAAUGCAGCCACCACUCAGGCUCCUACUUCAGCACCAAGUUCAACUGCCAAACCUACCACCGCUGCACCAAGCACAACUGCAAAGCCUCCCACAGCAGCGCCAACCACAACAGCUCAACCAACUACAGCUGCACCAAGCUCUUCGUCAACUGCAGCACCCAGCUCACCAGCAACGUCAGACCCAUCUGGAAACUGCCCAGCAAUUGGUGUCUGUCCUCAAUAUGAAGAUGAGAAUUCAAUAGCAAAACAUCUUCCCCAUGCCUCAAACUGCAGUCAAUUCUGCAAAUGUGAUCAUGGUAAACCUGUCACUAUGGAUUGCCCAGCUGGACUACACUUCAAUGCUGUUCUUGAGGUGUGUGAUUGGCCACAAAAUGCUGGAUGUUCAGGUGGCUCUGGAAGCACGUCAAAUCCAACUAGCUCCACACCUUCAUCAAGCAGUGCUGCCACCACUCAGGCUCCUACUUCGUCAUCAACAGCCAAACCUACCACAGCUGCACCAAGCACAACAGCUGACCCUACCACAGCUGCACCUACCACAACUGCCAAGCCUACCACAGCUGCACCAACAACAGCUGACCCUAGCACAACUGCCAAGCCUACCACAGCUGCACCAACCACAACAGCUCAACCAACUACAGCUGCACCAAGCUCUUCGUCAACUGCAGCACCCAGCUCACCAGCAACGUCAGACCCAUCUGGAAACUGCCCAGCAAUUGGUGUCUGUCCUCAAUAUGAAGAUGAGAAUUCAAUAGCAAAACAUCUUCCCCAUGCCUCAAAUUGCAGUCAAUUCUGCAAAUGUGAUCAUGGAAAACCUGUCACUAUGGAUUGCCCAGCUGGACUACACUUCAAUGCUGUUCUAGAGGUGUGUGAUUGGCCACAAAAUGCUGGAUGUUCUGGUGGCUCUGGAACCACAACAAAUCCUACUAGUUCGACAUCUUCAUCAAGCAGUGCUGCCACUACUCCGGCUCCUACUUCAGCACCAAGCACAACAGUAAAACCUACCACAGCUGCACCUAGCACAACAGUUCAGCCAACCACAGCUGCCCCAACGACAACAGGCCAGCCAACCACAGUAGCACCAACCACAACAGUUCAGCCAACCACAGCUGCACCAAGCUCUACAGCCAAACCUACCACAGCUGCACCAACCACAACAGCUCAACCAACCACAGCUGCACCAACCUCUUCAUCAACGGCAGCACCUAGCUCACCAGCAACAUCAGACCCAUCUGGAGAUUGUCCUGCAGUUGGUGUCUGUCCUCAAUAUGAAGAUGAGAAUUCAAUAGCAAAGCACCUACCCCAUGCCUCAAACUGCAAUCAGUUCUGCAAAUGUGAUCAUGGUAAACCUGUCACUAUGGAUUGCCCACCUGGAUUACACUUCAAUGCUGUUCUCGAAGUGUGUGACUGGCCACAAAAUGCUGGAUGUUCGGGUAGCUCUGGAACGACGUCAAAUCCAACUAGCUCCACAUCUUCAUCAAGCAGUGCUGCCACUACUCAGUCUCCUACAUCAGCACCAAGUACAACAGUCAAACCUACCACAGCUGCACCUAGCACAACAGCCAAGCCUACUACAGCUCAACCAACCACAGCGGCACCAAGCUCUUCGUCAACUGCAGCACCCAGCUCACCAGCAACGUCUGUCCCAUCUGGUGACUGCCCAGCAGUCGGCGUCUGUCCUCAAUAUGAAGAUGAGAAUUCAAUAGCAAAACAUCUUCCCCAUGCCUCAAACUGCAGUCAAUUCUGUAAAUGUGAUCAUGGUAAACCUGUCACUAUGGAUUGCCCAGCUGGGCUACACUUCAAUGCUGUUCUGGAGGUGUGUGACUGGCCACAAAAUGCUGCAUGUUCUGGUGGCUCUGGACCUACGUCGGAUCCUACUAGUUCCACACCUUCAUCAAGCAGUGCUGCCACUACUCAGGCUCCUACUUCAGCACCGAGCACAACAGUCAAACCUACCACAGCUGCACCUAGCACAACAGUUCAGCCAACCACAGCCGCCCCAACCACGACAGCCCAGCCAACCACAGUAGCACCAACCACAACAGUUCAGCCAACCACAGCUGUGCCGAGCACCACAGCCAAACCUACCACAUCUGCACCAAUCACAACAGUUCAGCCAACCACAGCUGCACCCAGCACCACAGCCAAACCAACCACAGCUGCACCAACUACAACAGUUCAGCCAACCACGUCUGCACCUAGCACCACAGCCAAACCUACCACAGCUGCACCCACCACAACAGCUCAACCAACCACAGCUGCACCAAGCUCUUCAUCAUCAACAGCAGCACCUAGCUCACCAGUGACAUCAGACCCAACUGGAGAUUGCCCAGCAGUUGGUGUCUGCCCUCAAUACGAAGAUGAGAAUUCAAUAGCAAAACAUCUACCUCAUGCCUCAAACUGCAGUCAGUUCUGCAAGUGUGAUCAUGGUAAACCUGUCACAAUGGAUUGUCCAGCUGGACUACACUUCAACGCUGUUUUGGAGGUGUGUGACUGGCCACAAAAUUCUGGAUGUUCUGGUGGCUCUGGAACGACGUCAAAUCCAUCUAGUUCCACACCUUCAUCUAGCAGUGCUGCCACUACUCAGGCUUCUACUUCUGCUCCAAGUUCAACAGCCAAACCAACCACAGCUGCACCUAGCACAACAGCCAAACCUCCUACAGUUGCACCAACGACAACAGUUCAACCAACGACUGUGGCACCAAGCACAACAGCCAGACCCACCGCAGCUGCACCUAGCUCUACUGCGAGUCCUGAUGUAGAGCCUUGCGAUGCAGUUGGAUCUUGUCCUGUGUAUGACCAAGACUCUAUUGUAAAGCACCUGCCGCACAGAACAAAUUGUGGGCUAUACUGUAGGUGCAACCAUGGUGUACCAAUUACGGAAAAAUGUCCAGAUGGCCUACAUUUCAAUGCAAAGCUGGAAGUAUGUGACUGGCCAUCUGAUGCUGGAUGUCAAUAAGUCAGAUCUCAAUCAUCAUUGCAACCUACAUGAACUGAAAACUGAUAUGAUCAUCUGUAAUGUUGUGUUAUGCUACUUCCUGUAAC